AUGGAUAGACCAAAAAUUGGAGUCGGUGUUUUUAUUUUUAACAAAGAUAUUAAUAAAUUUUUGAUGUCAAAGAGAAAAGAUUGUGGUAGAGUUGCUUUAAUGGGAGGUCAUCUUGAGAGAUUUGAGACUAUUUGUGAGUGCGCUUAAAGAGAAGUGCUAGAAGAAUCUAAUCUGUCAAUACCACUUUUACAUUACAGAGAAUAUCCUACUGCUUUUAAUGCUAUAAACAAAGAAGACAAUUAUCAUUAUGUAACUUUCUUUGCUGUAGCUAUUAAACCUGAUGAUUAGGAAUUUUCUAAUACUGAACCUGAAAAAUAAGAAGAUUGGGAAUGGUAUGGAGAAGAAGAAUUUAUUAAAGUAUAUAAGGAAAAGAAACUUUAUUAUUCUAUUGAGUGUCUCUUUAAAUCCUGCAAUGAGGAUUUCAAUAUAUUGAUUGAAAGAAUUAAAUAACUUAUCAAAUGA